CCGGGAGCAGCCAAUCAUGUUGCUGUUUGUUGGAAUACACGUCAUCAUUUUUUUUCCUCCCACAUCUCGUGUACACGUGCACGGAGCGGAGUGUGUGUACGGAGGAAAUUUAAGCAGCUAAAGCAGCUUUUCUAUUAAAAUGGCAAAGAGUCUCCGGAGCAAAUGGAAGAGGAAGAUGCGUGCGGAGAAGAGGAAGAAGAACGCCCCAAAGGAGCUGGCCCGUCUGAAACAAGCUCUGAGUCUGGAUAAGAAAGGAGAAGCUGUCAUGAGCGACGUGCAGGAGAUCGCCACUGUGGUGCCAGCUGACAAGAUCAAGAAGCAGCCAGAUGUGGAGAUGGUGGAGGCAGAGGAGGAAGGCGGGAAGAUGGACAUGGACAGCAUGCGCAACAAGAAGACGAUGCUGGAUGAAAACGGUCAGUACCCCGUGUGGAUGAACCAACGACAGGCCAAGAAAAUGAAAAACAAGCGGAUGGCCAAAAAAAACGGUCAGAGCAAGAAGAAGAAGGGCAUCGCCUGGUGAGCCUGAGACAACAGCUUUGUUUUCACCUUAAAGACUUUGGCGCAGACACACAGGAUCACCUCAUGUCUUCUCUUAUACAUGAUAACUGUGGGAUUUGCGCUGUUGAAUCUCUUCCUGUCAGUCGGAUUGCAGGAUUUCUGGUUGUAAUUGACUGCAGGAAAACGUUUGUUCUUAUGGAACAGCAGCUUAAUUUCCGUGUGAUGACAGAAAAUGUCUGCCGUAAGCUUUUUUUUCCCAUCACAGUACAUCCUAAUAAUGUUCUCACACCACUUGAGACUGGGCAGUGUGGUUAUAAUCGUUAUGACUGGGGCAUCCUUGUGGCUUUGGUGUCCAGACACUUUUCAUCAGCUGCAGUGUUUCAGGUGUGAGCCAUUUGUUGCAUGUCAAUCCCCAUUUUUUUUCCUCAUUUUGUGUUUUCUCUUUACUCUCAGUAUCUCUAAAUGAAUUGGAACAUUUGUCCGAUUUUAUUGCAUGUACCAUGACGUAGGAGAAAAUCAUGAAUUAAAUAAAACUCUGUGUAAAUAAAAUGCUUUCCACUUGUAAAA